UAUUGGGUGGGUGCAGGUUCAGGAAGGGAACAAUCCGCCAGAAUUUCGCAAACGCGGAGAGGCCUCGGGGAGGGAAGUUGGGGACCCGAGCCAAGAGAGUUCGGAGCUCAGCGCUCUGUCAGAAAGGCCAGUGGACCCAGGGGAGACAAUGGUGCUGCUCUGGUUGCUGAUGUUGACGACGCUCCCGCGCCCCGCCACCGGCUGCUCGUUGGACGAGGAGGCCCACCGCUGCUCCUGCAACUUCACGGGCCCGGACCCGGCCUGGAACCAGGCCAUCCUGUGCCUGACGGCCUCGGAGGUGGAGCUCCGCGCCGGCGGCCGUGACCUGGGCCCCUUCCUGAAGAAAGGCCUCCAGGACCCGGAGCCGCUGGUCGAGACCCUGAGGGCCCUGCGGAUACGCCGCCUGACCCUGGGCGAGGUCGCCAUCCCCGGCGCGCUGCUGGGCGCGCUGCUGCGCGUGCUGGGCUACACGCGGCUCAAGGAGCUGGAGCUGGACAAGCUGGUGGUGACCGGCCCGCUGCCCCCGCCGGCCCCCGGGGUGGACGGGCCGCCCCUCACCGCCCUGCGCCUGAGCAACGUGAGCUGGGAGGCUGCGGGGCCGGGCCGAGGGCGCCGGGGGGACGGGCUGGCGGGGCUGUGGCCCUGGCUGGACGCGGGCCUGCAGGAGCUGAAAGUGACCGGCUCGGGCCUGGAGCGCCUGCCCUGCCCCGCGUCCGGCACCUUCCCCGCCCUGAGCUCCCUGGACCUGUCGGACAACCCGGCGCUGGGGGAGGCCGGGACGGCCGCGGCACUGUGUCCCGGGGCCUUCCCGGGGCUGCGGGUCCUGGGGCUCCGUGACACCGGCCUCUCGACCACGGACCCGCUCUGCGCGGCCCUGGCCGGGGCCCGGGUGCCCUUGGAGAUCCUGGACCUCAGCCGCAACGCGCUGGCCGACACGGAGGACUGCAUCUGGCCACCCUCGCUGCGCACCCUCAACCUGGAACACAACCGGCCGAGGAAGAAGCCGGAUCUCGGGACGCUGGAGAAGCUGGAGGACGGGCCUGUGGCCGAAGCCCCCAACUCUCCCUUCGCAUCCCACCCGCUGGGCUUGCUGGCCGGCGCCGCGGCCUGGGCGCUGCUCGCCGCGGCCGGGGAUUAGCCUGAAGAGGAAGGGAGGGGUGAGGAAGCCCCCCGCCUUCCCCCACGACCCACUGAUUCUACCCUCUCCCUCUCCCCCGGACCAGCUGCCCACCCCGAAACUCUCCACCCUCCCAUCCCACCCCCAUCCCUCCGGGCACCUUCCCGAUGCAGGGGUCUGCUGCCCCUCCUCCUCCUGCCGCCUCUUCUCCUUCCCCCCCGCCCCAUUUAAUAAAGUCAAGCCUGGAAGUCGUG